ACUCAAACCUUGAUUUUCAGUGCUAUCAUCAAAACCUCGACUCGACUACACGACUCCCAUCCUCAAGGCUAUCCGACAUGGGUAUUUCUCGUUCGUCCCGGCACAAACGUUCGGCAACUGGUGCCCAGCGCGCCUACUAUCGCAAGAAGAGAAAGUUCGAGCUCGGUCGUCAACCUGCUAACACCAAACUUGGCCCCAAGCGCAUUCACACUGUGCGCGUUCGCGGUGGUAACACCAAAUACCGUGCCCUCCGUCUCGACACUGGUAACUUCGCAUGGGCAUCUGAGCAUGUCACGAAAAAGACUAGGCUUAUCGGUGUUGUUUACAAUGCAUCUAACAAUGAGCUCGUCCGCACCAAUACCUUGGUGAAGGGUGCCAUCAUCCAGAUUGAUGCUACCCCUUUCAGGCAGUGGUAUGAAGCCCACUACGCCCAACCCAUCAGCAAGAAGGGCGCAAAGACCGCUGCCACUGAUGAGGAGGGGAAAAAAUCUAACCAUGUUCAACGUAUCCUUGCCGAGAGGAAGCAGAAUGCUAAAAUCGACCCCCUUCUCGAGUCUCAGUUCUCUGCUGGCCGUCUCUAUGCUUGCAUCUCAAGCAGACCUGGACAGUCUGGUCGUGGAGACGGUUACAUUCUGGAGGGUAAGGAGCUGGAGUUCUACGUCAGGAAGCUCCGGACAGGCAAGCAGAAGCACGCACACAACGCAUAAACCUUCUUCGCGACCCUAGUGAUUUACCCUUUGAUGAGCAUACAUACAAGAUUCCGAGGACAUGGUGAAAAUAUGGAGAAUCCUUAGUGCUCUAGUGUAUGACGACCAUGCCAUCUUAUCGUAUGCUUUAUCCAAUUGCAAUCCAUGUCCUCUUCAUGCAUGUUGUGCUUCUGGAAAGAUAACCACGUUCUGAACUAAAAUAUUAUUGUUCGCAAGGAA